CACAAGCACGCGUAAACCCUAGAUAGGUGGCUGACCUCUAUAAAUUCGUUACUCUAGUUUAAACUAGGGUUUCUUUCCUGUGUUGAGCGAACUUUAAUAUUCAGUGGAUUCCCUCCUUGAAAGCACCCAACAGCAACCAUGGUGGCCGCCAAGAAGACCAAGAAGACUCAUGAGAGUAUCAACAACAGGCUGGCUUUGGUUAUGAAGAGUGGAAAAUACACUUUGGGUUACAAGACUGUACUCAAAUCUCUCAGAAACUCUAAAGGGAAGCUGAUCAUCAUUGCCAACAACUGUCCUCCCCUUAGGAAGUCUGAGAUAGAGUACUAUGCAAUGUUGGCUAAAGUUGGAGUCCACCAUUACAAUGGCAACAAUGUAGACUUGGGGACUGCCUGUGGCAAAUAUUUCAGGGUGUGCUGCCUGAGCAUCAUUGAUCCAGGUGAUUCUGAUAUCAUUAAAAGCAUGCCCGGUGACCACUGAUAAGACCAUGAGGAAUAGCAAUUGUCCCUAGGUUUUGGUCAUGUUUGUCUUGCUGGGAUUGUGGGUUUUCGAUUGCAAACGAUCAUAUUAUUAAACAAACCAUUGUGGAACUUGUUGAGCUCCUAUUUAUAGUCAUUUCAGUAAAUGUUUAAUUAGUUGAAAUGAUGACCUAAAAUGAAUUUCGUGGUUACAAAAAUGCUGAGGACCUUCAUUUUUGUUUA